CGAACGCCGGCAUGUCGUUUGUCGAAAUGAUCAUCAUCUGAUAAUUCGCACUACUUGUACCGAAUAUCCCAACCGCUAGUCUGCAACGAGUCGGACCGAAGCUUGGAGCUCGCGCUUGAAGCGAAAUUAUGAUAGACUUGCUAACUUAGGUUCAAACCGGACCGUUUGACCACUUGCCAAGACUAAGUUGAAGUUUGGUGGGAGUUAAACUUUGCAGUCGUUCACUAGUGUCGAUUGUGUCCGUGUCGUCGGUGCAUGUCGUCGCGAGCAUGAUGGACAAUAUUUUCUUUUCCCAAUAGGAGAAAUGCUUGUUCGGACUUGAUGAUUGCUUCUCUCGGGUCCAACUCUGCACUUGCUCGGAUCCUAUGUAGCCAGUACGACUAAUGCUAGUCAUGGUGCCAGCUGCAUUCAUGGUAUAAGUAAUGGACAUGUAGGAACCGAGUUCGUUCAAGCUGCGUACUACGGAAUCAGCGUCGUACGCCAUGAUGUUCAAGUUGCUGCUCGCGGCCUCCCUUACGUUUCUUCCUUCCGCUUAUGCGUCCAAGGUUGCCGGCGCGUGGUAUGCCGGCUGGCAUGCUACUGAAGGAUACCCGCUGUCCAAUGUUAGCUGGAACAAGUACAACACAAUGUACUAUUCCUUCGCAACGACCACUUCAAAUGUGGAUACUAUAUCACUUGAAGGGUCAGAUGGCUCGUUGCUUCCUGUCUUUGUGUCAGAAGCACAUGCACACGGUGUCGAAGCCCAUAUUGCCAUUGGAGGUUGGGGCGGUAGCAUCUACUUUUCUUCCAACGUCGCAACAGCGAGAAACCGCACUGCAUUCGUCCACACGGUGCUAGAUUUUGUCGGAAAAUAUGAUCUAGAUGGUAUUAACUUUGACUGGGAGUAUCCGAGUAAACAAGGCAUUGGAUGUAAUGUCGUCAACUCUGAUGACACCGCCAAUUUUCUUUCCUUUCUUCAAGAACUUCGCGAAGAGAGUUGCUUGAAUCUCACCAUCUCGGCAGCGGUGUCUGUGACGCCAUUUCGUGAUUCCAGCGGCAAUCCGUCAACUGAUGUCUCCGCUUUUGCAGAAGUUCUUGAUUACAUUGCUAUCAUGGACUAUGAUGUUUGGGGUUCAUGGUCCUCUGCUGUUGGCCCUAAUGCGCCACUCGAUGAUUCCUGUGCGGCCUCAUCUGAGCAACAAGGCUCAGCUGCUUCCGCAGUCAAGGCCUGGUCAAAUGCCGGCAUGCCUAUUGAUCAGAUUGUCCUGGGUGUUGCAUCGUACGGACACUCUUAUGAUGUCAGCCCCUCUGAUGCGUUCGUGUCAGGCACAAAAACGCUAGCCGCUUACCCCGCUUUUAAUUCAUCUAACCAGCCCGUAGGGGACGCAUGGGAUAACACCGCCAGCGUGGAUUCCUGUGGUAUUCAUCAAGGAUCUGGAGGUACCUUUGACUUCUGGGGACUGAUCGACGGCGGCUUCCUCAACUCGAAAGGUACGACUGCGGAAGGUAUCUACUAUCGAUUUGACUCGUGCAGCAAAACGCCCUACGUUUACAAUGAAACGUCCGAGGUGAUGAUCUCCUACGACAACGCAGAUUCGUUCGCAGCCAAGGGCACGUUCAUCAAAGACACUGGGCUGCUGGGAUAUGCUAUGUGGCAGGCUGGUGGAGACUAUGACAACAUUCUCGUCGAUGCUAUCAAUAGCGCUGUGUAGACUUAUCUGUUCUGUUUCACGAGCAUACUCACGCAUAGCUCAACCUUGUUGUUGUCUUCUAUCAUGUCAUAGUUACCCUAUGAUGGUGUCAGGAUACCGUGAGUGACGUUUCGAGACGGGGAGGAAUCCGCCACUAGGGUUGGAGGUUACCCAGCGCAGUGGACUCUUAGGUUAAACUUCAAAAAAAAAAUUACUUCAGGUACUUACAUGAUUGCGAUUUUUUUGGGAUCAUUGUUUAUUAUCCGGUUGGGCGUAGAUGAAGUUGGACAAAGUUGAGUUUGGCUAGUGGUUGAUGUACAUUACUUGUGAUGAGAUCACGAACUCUAGCAGACACAAAUUUGAGCCGCUGACACGGGGGAUGAUACAGACUUGCUUAUUGCAGCACGAAGUAUCCCCUCGAGCUCGUGACCUGCCCACCA